UGUCUAAUUCACUUUGUCUGUGUUGCAUUACAAAUUAAAGUAGUAUCUUUAUAUUGUCGAGGCUAGUUGGUUGGUUUGGCUAACGUUAGCCAUUAUCAUGGAAGCACGGAUAGCCUACAGCUUAUCCGUUUGCUCUGAAUUAUAGUAAUGAAUUAAAUAAACAAGUUCAUAAUGCCCAUGGGCAUAUAGUCAUGUUUAUUGAAUUCGCCAGGCUAAUUUGCCAGCUAGUUUCAAGCUUAACUAGUUUACUAGCCAACAGGCUGUCAGUUAGUUGCUUUGCUAGCUAUAUUAUUUUAACUGGCUAUAAACGAACGUGCUUGUUUUUCCUGAAGCUUUUAAUGUGACAUGUGAAGACAUAGCACAGUGUUUGACUGAUUAAAAUAUGUAAAAACAGUGAGAUAAUCUGAUACGUCUUAUGUAGUGACCAAAUUCUUAUUUAAAAUGGCGGCCUGGCCACUUGAGUGAAGGGUUGAUGUGACACCACAAAGUAUGUGCACAUUUUGUGUAAAGGUGUUAUACUUUAAGCAAAAGUUUAUUUUUAUUCAUGUGAAUUGUGAGAGAUAUGGGACUUGAAAGUAAAUCAGUACAGGGCUAGUCUAGAAUAGUCUGUUGUGGUGAGAAACCAGGACUCUUAUUUUGAAAACUGAAAGGAGGACUCUGAUAUAGGAGCUGUGUGCGCGCCCGCGCCUUUACAUCUGAGCAACUGGUGCGACGUGACACGGACGUUUCCUCAUCAAAUUUUCCUGUUGUUUUGCAGGUACUAUUGUUACAACAACUUGCUAAUAUGCACACGAGAUCUUUAAUGCAAAUGUAUAUGUUCAUACCGCAGAUAUUUCGGGGAAUGACGUUCGGGGUUGUGAAUAUGUUGAUAUGCAGACUGCCCGCCAUUUUGUAAACGCUGUAACACGAGAUAUCAAAAAGGCAUCAGGUUUGGUUUGAAAGACUCCUCAAGCAGUGGCAGCGAAAUAUGGUACACCCCAGGACGGAGCCAACGGCCAGCCACUGGAUUCCUGGAGGAAAGGCUGCAGAAUGUCAGGAAGCGGCUGAGAUCAACCAGCAAGUCGCAGAGCAUGGCACAGACGACACCACCACAAAUGCCAGAUGAUGGAACUCUUGCAAGGGCUCUCAUACCAGAAUGUACCAUAUCAGACAAAUAGUUUAAAUAAUGGUUGAGAAACAAUUCUCAGCCCCUCAGCCAGAUAGAGACCUACAUGCAGAACACAGCAGUCUACAGGGCCAAGAGGAUUAGGGACAACAAUUGGACCAUCGAUCAGAUCCUCGAAGAGUUCCCUCGCUUAAUGACCAAAGGCAUGAUUGCACAGGACUUUCUUGUCCUACAUGGGGAUGCUGCAUCAAAGUUGUUUGAAACUUGGCUACCCAUUUAUGUUGAGAAGAUCCUGUACCUGGCAAGACAGGAGGGGAAGCUGAUAUUGCCCCUGGAUAGAUUAACACCAGAUGGUGUUGGGGAACUCGCCCUGAGGCAGUUGCCAGCCUUGCUUUCACCUACAACUUACAAAGUUGGCCGUGGCUGCGGUGUGAAAGUAGUUCGCCACACCAUUCAGGAAUGCAGCUUGGCCUUCAUCGACCAUAAGCCUCCUGGAAUAAACAUGGUGCAGUACCUCCAUGAGGCCAAGGCAUGCAAGCCUUGCCCCCACAUCCUGACGCUGGGAAAUGAUCAGAGUGCAUUUCAGGCCUUCGUCAUAAUAGCUGGACAGGCCCUGGAACAAGAAACACUGCUUCAGGCCAUUGAUGUCUGCUUCAAGGCAUUCUUUGUCUUUGACAUCGAAUACCCAAAGCAGUGUGAACAUGUGUGGGAAUUCAUACAGAAUGUGAUAUAUGAAAUCCAAGGAAGGGAGUCUAAAAUUAAGUUUAUUAAAACUAGAAUACUUGCUUGCAAGUAGAGAUAAUGGCUCUUAAAAGCAGCAUUUAGGAAUUUGAAUUUAUUAACUAUAGAGCUGCUGACUUUUGGCCUGUGGAAUGUUCAGCCAGUUCAAUCGAAAUUGUUGUUUUGCUCUGAAUGUUUUCCAAACUGAGUGAACUGCACCAACUGCAGUUCCACUAUAUUGUCGAUAUUAAUGUAAUAAAUUUUUUCAAAGAUUC